AUGACGGAAGAAGUUUGUUUAAUGAAUUUCAAAGAUAAUGAACAUUCUGUAACAUUAAAUGAUUUAAAAAAAGUAAAAGAAGAAGCAAUAAAAAUUGGAAUAAUUUGUGUUAUCAUCACUUGGGCAAUCUUCUCAAUUAACCAUCAUCAUACUAUUAGCGCCAAAGAUUAA